GAAUGACAAAUGAGGGUUCGUCGGAGUUGUCGUUCUUGUUUUUGAGACAAUAUUACGGUUUCGGGCUUUCAGGGGAUUCGUUCCCAAUUUUAAGUUAUCUUAGGACGAUUCCAUCCAGAACCUACGCAUUGUGUCACGUUUGUGACGUUUAUACUCUCGAACGUACAAAGCAGAUCUACUGCAAUUUCAAAAUAAACAAACAGCACUGCGCCUGUUCAAGCAAAGCGCUAAGUGACGUAAGACUGUCGGUAGACCCAAACCUUCACGUGUGAGAGUUUAUCAUUUUAUUGUGUGGAAAACUCCUUGUUAAGUGAAAACAACUCAAUAGUGUCCUUUUGAGAAACCGACGGGGAUGCAGGAAGAUGUCAACGAAUCCGGACUUCCAAGCGAGCGAGGCCGAUUGCUGCGGGAAUGGUUGUUCCAAUUGCAUCCUUGACACGAUUCCUACCAAAAUCACAAAAACCAACCUCCAGGACAAAGUGAAUAUUUUGUUAUGUUAUCGGCCUUAUCAGUUGCUAGAGCGCCUUGAAAUCAAGGGAAACAUUCUGCAAAUGCACUUUAAAUGCAUACGCGGAACAGCUGAUGCCGAUUCCAUUCUGUACGUUCCACCGGGACACCAUGUGAUGAUGCAAGCGCCUAACAACGAAGCGAGCAAUAGUAAAACUGAAGCCGUGGCAAGUUCAUACGUUACACGGCCGUACUCGCCGUUUUGGAGCGACGUUGAGCAGCUCGAAUUCAAAAUUCUUGUAAACAUUGCUCCGAAUGGGUUCAUGUCGAAAUAUAUCCAGCAAUUGAGUGUGGGAGAUGAGGUAUUUUUCCGUGGACCAGUUGGAUCGUUUCGACACAACCCCAAGUCUUAUGGGAAUGUCUUAUUGUUUUGUCAUGGCGUAGCGAUUGCACCAAUUUUGGCUAUCAUUAAAGACAUCUUAAACGACGACGAGGAUGUGACGCGAAUUAAAUUAUUCGCAUGUUUUGAGAAUUUAGAGAAAAUUUUGUUUAGAGAUGAGCUGCAUGAAUUGAACGGUUAUUGGAACUUUCGUAGCAGAAUCUACCUUUCGCGACCAGAGGAAGAUUUUCACAAAAAACUUAAAUACAAAGAGAAUGUUGUUGGUGGACGAUUAAAUGGUGAAGAGUUACGGACAAUAUUGACAGAAUUUAAAGAUCUGCAAAGCAUUAAAUGUGUGAUUUGCGGUUCGAAACCAUUUCAAGAAAACCUAAAACAAAUGUUAUUAGAACGAGGUUUGGAAGAAAAUGCCGUUGAUAUCUUAUGACGAAUAAAAUGCUACAUCCUAAGUA